UUGCGAUCUGCGGACAAGCAUGGCAGGGAUCUACCUUCAGCGCGCCGGCCGCCUCAGCCGCGCCCUUUACCGCAGCGUCGCGACCGCCCCGGCUCGCCCCACGGCGCUCGUGGACCCCGAGUGGGUGCUCGACAACGCAAGCGACGUCCGCGUCGUCGACUGCGGGUCGCCCGAUGGCUUUCGUCGCGGCCACGUGCCGGGUGCCAAGCUCUUCCCGAUGCCAACCAAGGACACGCAAGACCCGUUUGGGAUGCUGCCGGAGCCGUACUUUCGCGCGUGCCUCCAGCACCUCGACGUCGGGAGCGACACGACGCUCGUCUUUUACGACGACCAGUUUAGUCUGAAUGCGACGCGGGCGUGGUGGGUCGCGCGUGUCUAUGGCGUGCCCCGCGACCAGAUCAAGGUGCUCGACGGAGGCUGGCAGCGCUGGGUCCAAAACGACUUUGAGAUUGCCGUCGAGGACAAGGCAACCGCGCCGCCAUCUUCGCCGAAUCUGCCCGAGCUAUCGCCGCUGCCGGAGCGCUGUCUCAACCUCGCGGCCAUCAAUGCGAUUGUCGCCGACGCGUCGUCGCCGGUUCAGAUCGUCGACACGCGCUCGGACGGUGAGUUCACUGGCGCGACGCCCAACGGCAACCAGCGUCCGGGCCGUGUUCCUCGUGCGUUGCACUGGGAGUGGAACAAAACCAUCGACCCGAGCACGGGGCGCUUCAAGAGCGUCGCUGAGAUUCAGGCGGUCGCCGACGCCUUGGGCCUGGAGGCCGACCGCCCGGUGGUCACCUACUGCCAGCGCGCGAUCCGCGCGGCGCACAUGGCGUUCGUUCUCGAAGAGAUCCUUGGCUUCAAGGACGUGCGUGUCUACGAAGGCUCGAUGCUCGAGUACCUCAACGACCCGCUCACCCACGUGACCAAGUAGCUGCGCCCACUACGAUCUUAGUGCUGCAGCAUACUGCACGUGUUGGUGUUGAUAAUGCAUACCUUGCGCUCGGCGCUUGAUAUUGUCGUCCA